UGGGAAAAGGGUCGGGUGGAAAAUGUCUGUGCAGCCCGGACAUGGCCGGAGGAAAAGAAGAGCCGGUGACCGCAGAGGAGCGGGGAGAGAAAGGCGGGGACUGAGAUCCCCUCGGAUUUACCGCUGCCCCCUUCCGUGGGGACCCUUCCUGUCCUGGCCCUUUCUCUCUAGAGAGCAACGAGCAGCGUCCAGGGUGACCUCUCCCUGCCCCCAAAUGCCUGAGAAGUUCCCUGUUCCCCUCCCCUGAUUGUGCCCCUUUUUCUCUCCGUUUCACCAGUGUCCAGCUCUCACCGUGGCUGGUGGGGGCUCUGGGGGUAUCUGGGGUCCCUGGCCAGGGACUCUGGGGACUGAGUGCUAGGGAAUAUCUGGCAGGACCCUGGCUUGGGUUAUGGCGGUGUCUGGGGCCCCUGGCUGUGGGGUCUGGGCUCUGGGUAUUGGGGGUGUCUGGGGGCUGCUACCAUGAUCCUUCUCUCUGAUCAGCUUGUGCCAGAAUCCUGGCUCCAAGCACUGACAGACAGUCCCUGGCCAGGCCCACUCACCAUGAUAACUUUCUAUCCAUUUAUCAAACACUGUGAGGUGAAAUCACAGAUUUUGCUUUUCUCCCCUCUUGAAAACUGCAGGAACUUCCGUUCCCAUAGGGAAUAUUCAUACCCCCUCCCCCAGUCCUUGUCCUAGAUCUGGGGGGUGAGGGAGGUGGGAUGGGGGUUAGCACUGCCACACUAUGGUCUUUUCCACAGCGUUCUGGACUCAUUCUUUCUGAAAUCUGGUUUCAUUGAGAACAUUGUUAAUCCAGAGUCACUGUGUGAAGAAAAAAAAAAAGGAGUGACUCCAGAUGAACACUGGGGCAAAUGACAUUAACAAUUCUCCCUGUGGGGAGGGGCGCUCAUUAGCUGGUCUCCCCAGAGAGCUAUAGGAGGGAGGCUGCUCAAACGCUCUGUCCCUCUCUGCCCAGGAUAUUGGGGUUCAGGUUCCUCUGUCAGAUGCCGAGGUCUCCAUUGUGAUCUGGGAGACCAGGCUUAGCAGCUGCUUCUCCCCCAGCAGCAGGGCUCUGUGCUGGGAAGUGACCUUUUAAAUAAAGCUGCUUCUCUGGUCCACCCACUUGAUGACUUUCUCCAGACCUGAGUCCUGUUUAUACUAAAUUCUGAGCCACAGACUUCACGUAACAAAGAAGCCAAGGGAAAAUGCUGUAGGCUGGCAUUAAAAUGACUCUACACAAACAGCUGUGCCCCCUUCCCCUCCCCCAGUCAUUUCUCCUGCCAUUAGCAAGUGCAGGAGCAAAUCCAGCCAUGAGGAGCAACCAACCCAGGAAUGAGACUUUCCUACCAGAUGGGCAGAGAGAGGGGACAGGGAAAAGGAGAUAGAAGGAGAAAGAGAGACUGAAAGGGGCCGUGGGAGAGAAGAGUUUGGACAGAGAUUUCCAGAUCUCUAAUCUGCCUGGACAGAUGUAUUACUGCACCCUGGGCAGAGUCACUUUCCUGUGGACAAGAUGAGGAUCACACUGAGGAAAACCCAGUUCCUGACUCCAUAUCCCUCAUGCUGAGGUGUGGCUGCCAUGGGGGGCCAGUGACCUUCGAGGAGGUGGCUGUGUAGAAGAGUGGGCUCUGCUGGACCCUGCUUAGGAGCCCUCUACAGACAAGUCAUGCAGAAGAACUAUGAGAGCGUGACCUUGCUGGCAGGUGAAACAAUGGUAUGUGAGAAAGAGGAGCAGAAUUCUCAGCCGGAAAAUGUUGAGCAAGUGGAUAAACACAGAGAAUUAUCGCAAAGAUUUGAAAGGAAUGUGUCCAGGAGUCAUGAGCAGGGACAAUCGUGUGAGAUUCAGCACAGAUCAGAAAGAGAGCAAGAAAACCAGCCAGGGUCGAAAGUGAGUAACUGUAUUUCCUGUCAGGGAACUCAGAAGGACCUCAAGGAAACCGUAACCCAGCAGGAAAUCCUCAGGGGAAAGAUUAAAAAUACAUGCACUGAGUGUGGGACAAACAUAUGUGACUACUCAGCCCUUAUAAAGCAUCAGAGAAUCCACACAGGAGAGAGGCCUUAUGAAUGCAGUGAGUGUGGGAAAAACUUCACUCACAGAUCACACCUUAUUACCCAUCAGAGAAUCCACACAGGGGAGAGACCUUAUAAAUGCAGUGUGUGUGGGAAAAGCUUCAUUACCAGCUCAGCUCUUUCUGAACAUCAGAGAAUCCACACAGGGGAGAGGCCCUAUGAAUGCACUGAAUGCUGGAAAACCUUCACGCGCAGCUCGCACCUUACUAGGCAUCAGACAAUCCACACAGGAGAGAGGCCCUAUGAGUGCCGUGAGUGUGGGAAAAGCUUCACUACCAGCUCAGCCCUUUCUGAACAUCAGAGAAUCCACACAGGGGAGCGGGCCUAUGUAUGCAGCGAGUGUGGGAAAAACUUUACUCACAGAUCAGGCCUUUUUCUCCAUCAAAGCAUCCACACAGGGGAGAGGCCCUAUGAAUGUUGUGAGUGUGGGCAAACCUUCAGUCGCAGUUCACACCUUAGUAGGCAUCAGAAAAUCCACACAGGAGAGAGGCCUUAUGAAUGCCGUGAGUGUGGGAAAAGCUUCACUACCAGCUCAGCUCUUUCUGAACAUCUGAGAAUCCACACAGGGGAGAGGCCCUAUGAAUGCAGUGAGUGUGGGAAAAGCUUCACUAUCAGCUCAGCCCUUUCUGAACAUCAGAGAAUCCAUACAGUGGAGAAGCCCUAUGAAUGCAGUGAGUGUGGGAAAACCUUCAGUCGCAGCUCGUAUCUUUUUCAACAUCAGAGAAUCCACACAGGUGAGAGGCCCUAUAAAUGCAUUGAGUGUGGGAAAAGCUUCACUACCAGCUCAGUACUUUCUGAUCAUCAGAAAAUUCACACCGGUGUGAGACCCUAUAAAUGUGGUGAGUGUGGGAAAACCUUCAAUCACAGAUCAACCCUUAUUAGGCAUCAGAGAAUCCACACAGGGGAAAGGCCCUAUGAAUGCAAUGAGUGUGGGAAAACCUUCAUACACAGUUCGCACCUUAUUAGGCAUCAGAGAAUCCACACAGGAGAGAGGCCUUAUGAAUGCAGUGCGUGUGGGAAACGCUUCACUACCAACUCAGCCCUUUUUCAGCAUCAGAAUAACCACACAGGCGAGAGGACCUAUAAAUGCGGUGAGUGUGGAGAAGGCUUCACUACCAGCUUAGCCCUUUCUGAACAUCAGAGAAUCCACACAGGAGUGGCCCUAUGAAUGCAUUGAGUGUGGAAAAACCUUCUAUUGGCACUCUGCCCAUGUUAGCUGUCAGAGAAUCUGCAAGGGAGAUCAACACCAUAAAAACCUCUAGGGCUUUCAAUACUUCUUUUUUUUUAAUACUUUUCCUUAUUCCCACAUAGUAACUUUUAAAGCUAUUUGAACUGUUUGCAGCACUAUUAUCCCUCAGCUUGUCCAGAUGAAUGGCCCAUUUUUGCCUUUUGCCGUUCACUCUGUUUUGAAGUUGAUCCAUUUGUCCUUUCUAUCAACUCCAUUGUCCCACGAGUAAUUCAAGUGUGCCCUUCCUAUCCGGAACGAGGGAGCAUCACAUUUAUAUCAUUCCUCCUAUUGCACAGUUAUUGUUAGUCACCAAUUAUUCAGAUUGUAUCAUUGCCAGUUGUUCUCACAUUGCUCUGGGUUGUGCUGAAGAGCAGUUAUAUUGGGAACUUUUCAAAUUAUAUUUAAAUGAAGAAGGACGGGGAAAAGGGGUCAUUUCAGUCUCCGUGACAUUGAAAGGGGAUGGAGUGACUCAGAGUACCUCCUUCCCCAUCACUACAGAACUGAGACCUUUUUUCUGAGCCAUGCAGAGUUUAUCUUCAUCACUUUCUACCCAUCCACUUCUCAGAGUGUCCUAUGAGGAACAGUUCUCAGAUGUCUGUGCUUGGAGAUGAUAUUUUCACUUCUUUAAUUCUAAGUCAGAGUCAUUGAGACUGGAGAUAAGUGUCAAAGACCUGGAAGGGGAAUUCAAAUGGAUCCCAAACACAGUGUUAUCAUUUGGAGUUGAAAUCACAGAUUCUAUCUGUUGGUAAUGCCAGUUCUGGCAAGGUGGCUGGUCCAUCCCCUCUCAUUAUUUGGAUGCUAGGAUAGUAAAAAUGUUUUAAAUAACUGACUAUUGAGACAGUGGUGAGUGAAAUAUGUUUGAAUGAAUCAGAGGAGAAUGUGAUGGGAGAAUCUCUUGUCCCGAUUCUGAAUAAUCAGAUGUAACCUGCUCUGGAAUUUGACUUGACGCUUUCAUUGUCAUGUAUUCUAUCUCUCCUGAAGGCCGUUUCAUCACCCAAUUGCAUAUUAGUUCAGUUUGAUAGGCUGUAGCUCAGAUUUAUUGGAGAAUUUAAGACAAAUGACCAUUUACUAAACUCAUCAUUUCUCACUUCAGUUUUGCUUUUCCCCCAUUCCUCCCUGAUGUCAUGGGGAAAGUUCAAGUGCAGUUCUGUCAACAGGAAAGAGCUCUCCAAUUUACUGCACAUGCUAACAAAGGAACAGCAGUAAUUUAAAAUCUCCACUCAGAAAAGGCGAACAGCAGCAGAACCCCAGCUACUUGGAGGAAGUGCAUAUGAUCACAUGUAGUUCAAUUGUUGAAGACAAUAUUGUCCCUGAUGAUCUGGGGAGAGAAUUCCACAUUAGGUGAUUUUGAAAUAGGCAAAAUGCACAUGUAUUUGGUUCCUAAAGCAUGUGUAACCAGGCCCUACAGAAGAUUUUUCCUAACUUACCCUAUAUCAUGGAAGAUGCAGCCAUUCGUGACACAGAUGUUGAGGAAAUAGAAGUAGGGGUUUAGCUGAAUUUAUCCUGUGUAGGUGCUAAAAAUGUGUCUAAAAUGAAAUCAGUGUUGUAAGUCUAAAUAGUUGCAGAAAAAUAGCUAUUUUCUAAUAGAAACUCCAGUUCUGGUAACUAACAGAUUCUAAUCUAGCCCUGUAUCCAGUUCCUUGCCUAGACCUGUGCCACCAAAUUAAAGAAAAGGUGGGCAUGUUUUGGGAAGCCAUUCCUCACUAACACUGCAGAGAUUUGGAGUGGUUUUGUAAAAGAUUCUACUUCAGAGAAGUGUAAGUUUACCCUAACCAAGGCCAAGGAUUUGUAAAGAACUCGGGUUCAAAGAGAAUUCACUCAGUUCUUCAUUUCCAUGCCAAUAAAGGAAGAUAUGGUGACCAGUGACCCAAGGAAAAUUGUUGUAUAACUCCACUUACUAGUUCAGUGUCACUGAUGACAGUUCCAAAGGAUGUCAGGGUCAGAUACAGAACAAACAUCUUUACUGUUUGGAUUCAAAGAGAGAGUGCUUCAUAGGACAUUCCUUCCCAGUGUAUCCCAGUGAGGCAGCCAGUUUGGGUAACAAGGACUUUCAGGCUGUAGAAAUGAUUGUAACCAAUGAGGCAAUGAAUGUGUCAGGCUCCAAUUUCAGACUUCAGGAUACUCAUGUGUUGAGUCCUAAUUCCGUGGUUUUUUCUCUUACGCUAUGGCUACACAAUAAAGCUGAUAUUGACACAGUUGCACCAAUGUAGCUGUGCUGCUGUAGCACUGCUAUUACAGACGUUGUCAGCCAAUGGGAGAGGUCUCUCCUGUUGGACUUGAUUAGUCCAGCCCAAGUAAGCAGCAGUGGCGAUGUUGGCAGGAUAAUCUCUUUUGCUGAUGUAGUGCUAUUUACACAAGGUGUUAGGACUGUGUAACUAUGUUGCUCAGCGGUGUGGAUUUUUCACACCCCUGAGCAAUGUAGUUAUACUGAUACAUGUCUUUAGUGUAGACCAAACCAGUUUUCUCUUGUUUUAUGCAUUUACAUCACUUCUCCUAAACCACCUCCUACCUUGAAAGAUUAAAAAGUGUACACGUAGAAGAGGGGUGUUUUUCCUUCUUAUGCAAAUAUUCCCAUAUAGGAGAACCCUUCCACCAACUCACAUGGCAGAAGAUCCUGAGAUAUAUGAACUCACAGAAGUGGUUGGGACAAACCGCAACUUGAGCCAAGUUUCAGUUGUUGACAAUGGGGCUUAAAAGAAAGCUAACGUAUCUGACAAGAAUUUGUGAUCUUUAAAUGUUAGUGUCACCAGUGAAAAUGAAAUUAUAGGUGAAAUCAUUGUGUGAUGAUCUGAAUCAUUUUGAAAAACUGAAAGCUUUGUUUUUGGUUAGAUCAUCUCUUGUAUGACUAACCAUUCUCCCUGUAUGUGAGAGAGCUCCUAGUAUGGAGGCCUGAGCCAGCUGUCCGAUCGCCUGGUUCCUCAACUGUAGAUAGAGGUCUCAGUGCCCAUCAAUCCAAAGACUGAAAAAAAUGGAGCGUUCCAACCAUUGUCAUUUUAGUAUCUUAUUGUUCGUUUCUCUGUUUUUUUGUUUUUAAUAGCUAGGAGAGGUUCUGUCCUUUCUCUUAUAUCAGGGUGUGACUGUGUAGCUCAGCGCAUGUGUGACAAAAGCUUUUUGGUGCCAAUUGGCAAAGGGGUCACAGUUACUCACAAGCAACUCCCAUCUCAGAUCUUUCAAACUUGUCACACCAAAUACACUGAUUGUAUUAUAUUUAUUCAGGAACCAUAGAUAGCAGUGACACCUCUACUUAAAAAAGCUUGUAAAUUACUGAUACUCCUAAUCACUUUGAGGUGUGUACGAUUCAUAUUGCAGGAACAAUGUAAGUACAUGGAAAAAUAUGCCCAUAUGGUAUUGUUGUGAAAGUGAGUCACGCCAAUCAUAGGUCUUGGUGGGGACGGCCCAUUCCAGUGGGAGGGAAUUGGCACCUGUCCCUUGCUAGCCAGUUAUGUUUUGUAUUGCUCCAUUAUCAACCUUUGCACCAACCCGGAAAAGCCAAUGGAAAAACAUCAAAGACAAAUUAUAGACAUUGAAACCCUGUGGAAGUGAAAACGACAAUAUGACAAUGAGUAGAUCGUCGUUUCUGUGAAUAAAGUCAAAAGACUGGUUCAGUUCAUAACAGGGUGGAGAAAAACACUCUGGAUCCAUUCAGCAAGGAGAUCCCUAAUGACCAGUGGUGCUUCAUGAAAGGCAGGGCCCUGGCUCAUAGGGACUAGCAACAACUGCAAUAGACUGAAGUGUGAGGUGAGAAUCUACUUAAGAUAGGAAAAGUAUUAAAAAGUGUAGGUUGCAUUUUGUGUUUUUGUUCUGUUUAAAUCUCUACCCUUUGUUAAAUGUCCAUUUUUUUCAUAACUACGCAAGUCCUUUGUGUGAUACAGGAGCAGUGGUCUACAGUAAAACUGAUAACCUGGGAUGUACCAUUGCUUCAGGAAGUGAGGAUCUGGGAUUUCUCUGAGUAUCUGGUGAUCCAGGCUGGACCCCGGGGGGGGGAGGGGUCACAUUGAAGGAACACAGGGGUUGGGGUGCCUCUAUUGGCAACUGGCAGGGCUGCUGUAGCUCAGAGGAGGGUGCUUGAGUGCCUGACAGGCUGGGUGAGUUUGGUCACUGACAUCCAGCUGCCAAAUGCAAAAGUCCCUCUUCCUCCUGGCAGGUGGCAAUGAGGAGACUCUCAUCCCUCAGCUCCCUGAGAAGGGUCACACCUGUGAAAUCCACCGAGGGAAAGCACCCUGUAGCAUAGUUCCCAGACUCAAAAUAGCCCUAUGUCAUAAACGGAUAGUUAAGAGUUAAUGGAGCAGAAGUACUUCAUAUCUCUUUUGCCUGUAAAGGGUUAACAAGAUCAGUGGGCCAGGCUGUCACCUGACCAGAGGACCAAUCAGGACAGGAUACUUUCAAAUCUUGAGGGAGGGAAGUUUUGUGUGUGCUGUUAGUUUUUGGUUGUUGUUCACUCUGGGGGCUCAGAGGGACCAGAUGUGCAACCAGGUUUCUCUCCAAUCUCCAUGAUACAGGUUCUUACAGAUCCAGAAUAGUAAGUACUAGGUAGAUAAAGUGAGUUAGGCUUAUGUUUGUUUUUCUUUAUUUGCAAAUGUGUAUUUGGCUGGGAGGAGUUCAAAUGUGUAUUUGGCUGAAAGGAUUUUAAUUUGUACUUAGGCUGGGAGGUUAUUCCCAGUAUCUAUAGCUGAAAGACCCUGUACCUAUUCCAUUUUAAAUUUACAAAGAUAAUUUUUACUGUUUUUUCUUUCUUUAAUUAAAAGCUUUUCUUGUUUAAGAA